AUGCUCCGCCGUCGCCAGGCCAAGGACGACCAUGUCCAGCCACAACAAGAGCAGCACGAGCAGCAGAAAGACUCGUCCCGCAGCGAAGAACAGGUCUCACCACCGGUUACAGAGAAAAUCAUCGUGAAGGAGAAAGCACCGUCGGAAUCGUUCGUCUACAAACCCCGGAGUAAACGGCGCAAUGGGUUGAUCUUCGCGCUCGGAGGCAUCUUCGGCAUCUUCAUCGCUCUGUUCUUCGCCAACCAGCAGGAUGUGAUCAGUCUCGAGUCACUGAUGGAUUUGAACCUGGAUGCGUUGAUCGAUGUGAUUCCGCAGGGUAUCGUGCGGGAUGCGAGGGAGUUCACCCAACAUGAACGAGACGCAGUCACCUACGACCCCUUCUCCAUCGGCCUCCAGUUACAGGCGCAAGGCAUCGAAGCCAAACAUCCGAUCGUCAUGGUCCCCGGUGUCAUCUCGACCGGUCUCGAGAGUUGGGGCACCAGUCCGUCCUCCCGCCAGUACUUUCGUCGGAGACUCUGGGGCAGUUGGAGCAUGAUGCGCGCACUGGUCCUGGACAAGGCCGAGUGGAAGAAUCACAUCAUGCUUGACAAGGAGACCGGCCUGGAUCCUCCCGGGAUCAAGCUGCGGGCAGCGCAGGGGUUUGAUGCAACCGACUUCUUCAUUACAGGGUACUGGAUCUGGAACAAGAUCCUCGAGAAUCUCGCAUCCAUCGGCUACGACCCGACGAAUGCUUUCACUGCUGCGUACGACUGGCGGCUCUCCUACCCGAACCUGGAGACCCGCGACCAGUAUUUCAGCCGGCUCAAGUCUUACGUCGAGACGGCCGUCCUGGUGAAGGGAGAGAAGGUGACGCUCGCCUCGCAUAGUAUGGGUUCGCAGGUGGUUCUAUACUUCUUCAAAUGGGUAGAGCAUCCGGAGCACGGCAAGGGAGGCCCCGACUGGGUCAAUAGACACAUUGCCAACUGGAUCAACAUCAGCGGCUGCAUGCUGGGCGCCGUCAAGGGGCUGACAGCGGUGCUGUCGGGCGAGAUGCGCGACACCGCGCAGCUGAACGCCUUCGCCGUGUACGGCCUGGAGAAGUUCCUGUCCAAGGAAGAGCGCGCGGAGAUCUUCCGCGCCAUGCCGGGGAUCUCCAGCAUGCUCCCCAAGGGUGGCGAAGCCGUCUGGGGCAACUCGACCUGGGCGCCCGAUGACCAGCCGGGCCAGACCAUGACCUUCGGGAACCUGCUGCACUUCCGCGAGAGCAACUCGACCUGGACGCAAAAGAACCUCACCACGGCCGAGAGCCUGGCCUACCUCCUCGACCAGAGCGAGGAGUGGUACCGCAACCAGGUGCUGACCAGCUACUCGCACGGCGUCGCGCACACAGCCCGCGAAGUCGAGGCCAACGAGAACGAUCCGCGCACGUGGCUGAACCCGCUCGAGACCCGCCUGCCCCUCGCCCCGGACAUGAAGAUCUACUGCUUCUACGGUGUCGGCAAGCCCACCGAGCGCAGCUACUUCUACCAGGAGGAGCGCGACCCGCUCGUCAACCUCAACGUCAGCAUCGAUACCACCGUGACCACGCCCGACGGCGUGGACCACGGCGUCCUCAUGGGCGAGGGCGACGGCACCGUCAACCUACUCAGCACGGGCUACAUGUGUGCCAAGGGCUGGCAUAUCAAACGGUACAACCCCGCCGGCGUGAAAAUCAAGGUCUUCGAGAUGCCCCAUGAGCCGGACCGGUUCUCGCCCCGCGGCGGUCCAAACACAGGUGACCACGUUGACAUCCUCGGCCGCGCCUCACUCAAUGAACUUAUCCUCCGCGUGGCUGGCGGACAAGGAGAGUACAUCGAGGAGACGUUUGUCUCCAGAAUCAAAGAAUACGCGGACCGCGUCAAGAUAUACGACGAAGAAUAA